AUGCCCGGUAGAAUUGAUACAAGAUGGCGUGAAACAGCACCCGGCUUGUACCAGCGAACGGCAACUCCGAUGGAGCGGUGGAUGACAAUGAUCACAGAGACUGGCCGAAAAUUCGGCAAAGAGCACUUUGUACUCACGGUAGCGCUGAGGUUACAACUGAAAGAUGGGGUUUCGAGCUUUCUACCGGAGCUGCGUCGGGCAUGGGGGGUUAUCCGCCAGAAGCACGCCUCCAUCGCCAGCGUUCUAGAUCGACACUCUGGCAUCUGGACCUACGUUGCCACCUCUAAAUCUGAGAUUGCCAGAUGGCUCAGUGAGACAUUCAUUGUGAUCCCAUUUGGCAUGUCUGUAACUGCACUGCGAAACCAAACUCGUCCACCAAGGCGGCCGACGUUGUUCGUGCUGCCUUCUUCGGAAGAAAUCGUCUUGCAGGCACCUCAUACCUCAAUUGAUGGCAAAGGACUGAUGUUUAUAGUCGACAACUUGCUUAGCAUUGCUUCCUCCGUGCAUCAGGAGGAGCCUAGCUAUAACAUAAUCAAUUUAUCGCCUUCAUUUCGAGUGGCUGCUAGUCUUCCCCCGUCAACAACGACGAUAGGCGACGAGCAGCAGUGGACAAUGUCCUUGCCCAUGAAGAUACAAGACAAGAGAUGGAGUGAUCGGGCGCCAAAAAAAACGAACCGCAUUGUCCGAGCUUUGCCCGAGAGCGAGACGCGGGCUUUACUGGCGGUGCUGAAAACAAAAGGCCUCACCAUCACGCAUGCUGUCCAUGCGGCGAUCGCAUGCGCAACGAAGAAAUUUAAUACCAACCCUGUCUCCGAAGUAUACGCCGGUGCGUUCAAUGUUGAUGGUCGCAAUGCCUACGGAGGAAAUACACUCGACCACCCAGCAACACUUUACAGUACCGGGUGGUUUCCCACGAUCAAAGUAUCCGACUUCUCGUCCGUCGCAAAUACAUUUCGAGAGGGAUAUACAAGUGUACAGAAGGAUGUAAGACUUCCCAAUGUCAUUGAUGAGCUGAUAGAGCAAGCUAUGCCGUUUAUGACUGGGUCGGCGCCUUCCCCGGCAGAUGCUUUGUUGAGUAGUCUUGGGGUGGUGGAAAGCGUGAUAAAACACAAAUACUCCAAUGUGGAAGUAAUGGACUUUGAGAUUGCAUGUGAAGUCCUCACUCCGGCAAUCGACAUAUUCCUUUAUACCUGGCGCGAUCAGAUCACGCUUGCAGCUUAUUUUAAUGAAACUUAUCAGGAGGCCGAGAAGGUCUCGGAAUUCUUGGGGACGGUGCUUGAUAUUUUGAAUGUAGAGUUAGAUCUUGAAUAG